AUGUCACUGCUCGACAAGACAGAUGGGACCACGUCCCACAUGACAACCGACACCAACUCCAAUAGUAAAGUCGGAACUUGGCAAUCUUUCAAAGAUUCGUUCCAAAGAGCAGACGUGGAAACCGUGGCCACAGUAGGUCUUACAGACAUUGAAAAGGCUAACCAAGGGUCAGCUGCAGCUCCUCUUUCAAGAGACCUUAAAAAUAGACAUCUUCAAAUGAUCGCCAUUGGUGGUGCUGUUGGAACUGGUCUUCUUGUUGGAUCUGGUGGUUCUUUAAGAACCGGGGGUCCAGCCGCCUUACUUAUUGCUUGGGGGCUCGUUGGUACCAUGGUCUUUUGUACCAUGCAUGCCUUGGGUGAGCUUGCUAUUGCCUUCCCAGUCAGUGGGGCAUUUUCUGCAUAUGCUACAAGAUUUGUAGAUUCAUCAUGGGGGUUUGCAGUUGGUUGGAACUAUGCCAUCAUGUGGUUGAUUGUUCUUCCCUUGGAACUUGUUGCUGCUGCCAUGUGUAUCUUGUUCUGGAAUAGUGAGAUUAACCCAGUGGCAUGGGUGACGAUUUUUUACCUCGUGAUUGUUAUUAUCAAUCUUUUCGGGGUUAAAGGUUAUGGUGAAGCUGAAUUUUAUUUAGCUAUUGUCAAGGUUAUUGCCAUUGUUGGAUUCAUUCUCUUUGGUGUGGUGAUUGUUUGUGGAGGUGGCCCAAACCAUGAAAUUGUUGGUGCAAAGACUUGGAAUGAAGCUGGAUCAUUUGCCAGUGGAUUUAAAGGGGUUUGUACAGUGUUUGUCACCGCAUCAUAUUCUCUUGCUGGUACUGAACUUAUUGGUUUGGCAGCAGCUGAGCUGGAAAACCCAAGAAAGGCACUUCCAAGAGCAAUCAAACAAGUCUUUUGGAGAGUUUUCAUUUUCUACUUUAUGUCCUUAACCUUUAUUGGAUUGUUGGUUCCUUCUAAUAGUCCUGAUUUAUUAGGAUCUUCCAAUACUUCUGCAUCUCCAUUUGUUUUGGCCAUUAAAUAUUCUGGUGUGGAAGUACUUCCUUCAAUUUUCAACGCAGUUAUUUUAAUUGCAGUUGUCUCCGUAGGAAACGCAGCCGUUUAUGGAUGUUCUCGUACCAUUCAAAGUCUUGGUGCUCAAGGAUUGGGUCCUUCAUUCUUAAAUUAUGUCGAUCGUAAGGGUAGACCACUUGCUGGAUUGGCAAUUUCUGGGAUUUUUGGACUUUUGUGCUUUUUAAGUGCUUAUGAAAAUGAAGGUGAAGUGUUUGCAUGGCUUCUUUCAGUUUCUGGUCUUCUGACCAUUUUUUCUUGGUUUAGUAUUGGAUUAUGUCAUAUUAGAUUCCGUAUGGCUCUCAAGGUUCAAGGUCGUUCCACUUCAGAACUUACCUUCACCGCAUUAACUGGAAUCUGGGGUUCUCUUUAUUCCAUGAUUCUUUUAGCCGUGGUAUUGGUGGUUCAAUUCUGGGUAGCCUUAUUCCCAGUCCAUAGUGAUGGUACUCCACAAGCCAAAAACUUUUUCCAAAAUUAUUUGGGUGUUUUCGUGAUUAUAAUUUUUUACAUUGGUCAUAAACUUUAUACAAGAAAUUGGCGUAUUAUUAUUGAUUUAAAAGAUAUUGAUUUGGAUACUGGAAGAAGAAUCACUGAUUUUGAAGGUCUUCGUCAAGAAAUCGCUGAAGAAAAGGAAUUCUUUAGUAAAAAGCCAUUCUAUUGGCGUGUCUACAACACUUGGUGUUAG